CGCGAAUCUAGCGACAUUUUUCUAUUUCUCAGGGGACAUAUGGCUCCAUGGGAUUGGCCUGGCCUUUGGAGGAAGCUUGUCUCUGGGAUGUGGGGACUGUAUCUGUAUCUCAAGAUCCUUGGCAGCAAUCCCGAGAGGGGAGAAGAGGUGUAACUUGGCCCCAGGCGGUGCAGAAAAUCCGAAGGCGAGGAGCCAUCUUGUCCUAGCGGAUCUGGCUCCGACUACAUUUCCCAGAGACCCUGGCGCGUAUAGGGCCGACCCGUCACUUGCCUGCGGGACCCUCGGCCUCCGGGGAAGGGGAAGUGCAAGCUCUGUCUUUCUCAGAGAGGUCCCCUGAGGAGAAGGAAGAAUGGCUGUUGACCAAGCCCAAUACAAGGAGAACAGCCCCAAGGAGGACUGAUCAUCUCCUGUAAUACCGAAAGCCAUGGCCCAGGGAUCAGUGAUGUUCACUGAUGUGUCUAUAGACUUCUCUCAAGAGGAGUGGGAAUUCCUGAACCCUGAUCAGAGGGACUUGUACAAAGAUGUGAUGUUGGAAAACUAUAGCAAUCUGGUGUCAAUGGGACUUUACAUUCCCAAACCUCAAGUUAUCUCCUUAUUGGAACAAGGGAAAGAGCCAUGGAUGAUUGGCAGAGAGCUGACAAGAGGCCUGUGCUCAGCUCUGGAAUCAAUGUGUGAAACCAAGUUAUUAUCACUAAAGAAGGAAGUUUACGAAAUAGAAUCAUGCCAGAGGGAAAUGAUGGGACUUAGAAAACAAGGCUUUGAAUAUUCCAGUUUCAGAGAUGUUUUGGAAUAUAGAAGUCACUUUGAAAAACAACUGGGACAUCAAAAUGGGCAUUUCGGCCAAGAAAUACUCACUCAUGAGUACAUGCCCUCAUUUAUUCAACAGACAUUCUUUACUUUACAUCAAAUUAACAAUGAAGAGAAACCCUAUGAAUGUAAGAAAUGUGGAAAGGUCUUUAGUCAGAAUUCACAAUUUCUUCAACAUCAGAGAAUUCAUAUUGGCGAAAAAUCUUACGAAUGUAAAGAGUGUGGGAAAUUCUUUAGCUGUGGCUCACAUGUUACUCGACAUCUGAAAAUUCAUACAGGUGAAAAACCCUUUGAAUGUAAAGAAUGUGGAAAGGCCUUCAGCUGUAGCUCAUACCUUUCUCAGCAUCAGAGAAUUCAUACGGGUAAGAAACCCUAUGAAUGUAAGGAAUGUGGGAAGGCCUUUAGUUAUUGCUCAAAUCUUAUUGACCAUCAGAGAAUUCACACUGGUGAAAAACCCUACGAAUGUAAAGUGUGUAGAAAAGCCUUUACUAAGAGCUCACAACUUUUUCAGCAUGUGAGAAUUCAUACAGGUGAGAAACCCUAUGAAUGCAAGGAAUGUGGCAAAGCUUUUACUCAGAGCUCAAAGCUUGUACAACAUCAGAGAAUUCAUACAGGUGAGAAACCAUAUGAGUGCAAAGAAUGUGGCAAGGCCUUUAGUAGUGGCUCAGCUCUUACUAAUCAUCAGAGAAUUCACACAGGAGAGAAACCCUAUGAUUGUAAGGAAUGUGGGAAGGCUUUUACUCAGAGCUCACAACUUCGUCAACAUCAGAGAAUUCAUGCUGGUGAGAAACCUUUUGAAUGUCUUGAAUGUGGGAAGGCCUUUACUCAGAACUCACAGCUUUUUCAACAUCAAAGAAUUCAUACAGAUGAAAAACCAUAUGAAUGUAAUGAAUGUGGAAAGGCCUUUAAUAAAUGCUCCAACCUUACCCGACAUCUCAGAAUUCAUACUGGUGAAAAGCCCUAUAACUGUAAGGAAUGUGGAAAGGCAUUUAGCAGUGGCUCAGAUCUCAUUCGUCAUCAGGGAAUUCAUACUGAUGAAACAGUAGGACGAGGCGCUUGUCUGGUUUUGUGUUUGUACGCCCAGCUCUCGCAAGCUAGCUGUUUCCACGUGAGACCCGGAGCUCACCUGCGCCGGCCUUGCCACGCCCCGAUCGCGCCUUGGGGCGGGGCUUGGAGAGCUUCCCGGCCUGCGCAGGGGCUUCUGGGAGAUGUGGUCCAGCCGCCAGGCCUCCGCGCCCGCUUGCGCCCAGACCCCAUCGGCUGGGCCUUCUGGGUCGGCGGUGCGGGUAUAUCGGGCUCAUUGCGUGGAACGAAGGCUGGUGAAGGCCCCGUGGCGGCCUCCAUGCCCAAGACCUCCAGGCGUAGAGAGGUGAGUCCCCCAAUUUUACUGGCUGAAGGCAGCGAGAAUAGCCGAAGGUCCCCGGAUCGUGCGAAAGGGGAAGGCGAAAACCGAAGAGAGAUUCCCCCAGCAGAGCCACUGGGCUGCGGGGAUUCCCUUCCUAACAGGGCAGGCAGGAUGUGGGACCCCGUUGAAGCUGGAGUGACCUCAGAGGCUAAGGAGAAAGCACUGUCUUCUGAAGACUCUGUCCUUCUUCAGGAAGAGGAGGAAAUGCCCAGAUUACAGGAGCUAGUGACAUUCAAGGAUGUGGCUGUCGACUUUACUGAGGAGGAGUGGGAGCAUCUGGACCCUUCUCAGAGGCACCUGUACCGAGAAGUGAUGUUGGAGAACUUUGGGAAUCUCAUUUCUUUGGCAGGGCAUCUGCUGUCUGAACCAGAAAUGAUUUUCCAUUUUGAACAAGAAGAUGAUGUGUGGAUGGAAGAAACAAUACCAAGAAGCUCCUAUUCAGGAGUCAGGGAUGAGAAUGAUGGGAUCCUGUCUUGGCCAGUAUCUCCAGGAGAAAAACUCUAUAACUGUCCCCAGCAUGGCCAAGACUUCAGCCAGCUCAGAAACCUUCUAAUUCACCAGCGAACCCAUAUUGGAGAGAAGCCUUCUCCAUAUGCCGGGUGUGGAAAAGCCUUCAGUGAAAGGACAGCGCACCUUAACCUUCCUGUGCUGCUCCCAGAAGACGAGCCAUACCGAUGCAUGGAGUAUUCCGGAGUUUUCCACUCAGGAUCUGCUCUGAGAAGGCACAAGAAGGAGCACAUGGGGAAGAAACCUCACACCUGUGAGGAAUGUGGGAAGGACUUCAGCCGGAGCUCCAACUUGUCCAUCCAUCGGCGAGUGCACACAGGCGAGAAGCCCUAUAGAUGCAGUGUGUGCGGGAAGGACUUCAGCCGCAGCUCCAACCUCUCCAUCCACCAGCGCAUCCACACAGGUGAGAAACCCUUCAGCUGCCAUCAAUGUGGCAAGGACUUCAGCCGCAGGGCAGCCCUGCAGAUCCACCAGAGUGUCCACACAGGAAGGAAGCCCCAUGCCUGUGAGGUAUGUGACAGGCGCUUCACCUCCCGCUCUGCGCUGGCUCGACACCAGCAGGGCCAUGCAGGAGACAAGGCCUAUCUGUGCGACACAUGUGGCCGGGGCUUCAGCCAGAGAGCCAACCUCUACCUGCACCAGCGUGUUCACACGGGAGAGAGGCCGUUCCGGUGCGAGGCCUGUGGGAAGUGCUUCAGCUGGAGCAAGGACCUGGGUAUCCACCGGAGGGUCCACACGGGUGAGCGGCCCUACAGAUGUGCGGCUUGUGGCAGGGACUUUAGGCAUCACUCAGCCCUCAAGAGGCACCAGAGGGUGCACACAGGGGAGAAGCCCUACCCCUGUGCCAUAUGUGGGAAGGGCUUCAGUCAGAGAGUCCACCUGCAGAUGCACCAGAAGGUGCACUGACGGGAGAGGCUUCCAGGAUUGGGCUCUGCACAUGCAGGUGUCUUCCAUGGGCAGGGCCAGAGCCAGGGCAUAGGUGCCGAGGUGCACAACGUGGAUCAGGCUUAAUGAUGUAUGGCAUUUGUUAGUAUUUAUACUGAAAAGAAGGGGCUUCCCAGGUGGCUCAGUGGUAAAGAAUCUGCUUGCCGGUGCAGGAGAUACAGAAGACUCAGGUUCGUUCCCUGGGUUGGGAAGAUCCCCUGGAGUAGGCAAUGGCAACCCUCUCCAGUAUUCUUGCCUGGACAAUCCCAUGGACAGAGGAGCCUGGCAGGCUAUGACUCACUAGAGUCGGACAUGACUGAGUGACUGAGCAUAUAUAAAAGAGGACACAUCAGCAGCACUUAGAUAGAUGGAGAAAUAUUGAAAGAACACUUCCAGCCCUCCCAGAAGAUCUCUGUGCUCCUUUCCACUCACUGGUCCAUAAAGGGAAUCACUAUCCUGACUUCUAAAACUAUAGAUUGAUUUUGCAAGUUCUAGAAUGUCAUAUAAUUGAAAGUACACAAUAUGUAAUCUUUCAUUUAGGACUUGAUUCACUCAGUGUUUGCAUCCAUGUUGUUGCAUGUAUUUAGAAGUUCAUUUAUAUUAUUACUGAGUAGUAUUCCAUUAUAUGAAUGAACCAGAGUUUGUCUAUUCACCUGUUGAUGGACAUUUACAUUUGGACUAUUUCUAGGUUUUCCAGGUUUUGAUUGUUAUGAAUAAAGCUGCUGUGAGCAUUUGGGUACAUAUCAUUGUGUGGACAUAAACUUUAAUUCCUCCGUAUAUACUUAAGAAUAGAAUUGACGGGUAUUUUAAAACUUUUAAAAGACUGGGCUUAGAAAAUUUCAAACAAAUACAGAAAUAGAACAGUAACAAAUACUCAUGUCCCCAUCAUCUAGCUUCAGUAAUCAAGUCAUGAUGAAUUUUGUUUCCUCUCUUCCAUCCUGAAGUAGUUUAAAAGCAAGCCCUACACCAGGAUAUUUUGUCAUCUUUAUAUCUUCAAAAAAUAAAGACUUAUUUAAAUUUCUUUUCCAAAGACUCACUCUAUGUAAAACUU